GCGGCGGCGGAGGCGGCGGCGGGGCGCGCGCUGGCCGACCUGCUCCUCGGCCGCUGCCUCACCGCUGUACUGCUGCUGGGCUUCCUGGCCGCGCUCGUGCUGCACUCGCUGCAGACGGAGGCCACCUACCGCCUCGACUUCCUCUGGAAGCUGCAGGCCACCGAGGAAAAAGAAGACAUGGAGCAUCUACAGGCCUACAACAGGAAACUGUUGGCGAAUAUUCUUCCAGUUCAUGUGGCGGAACACUUCCUGGCCAGCGACAAGCAUGCAGAUGAGCUGUAUCACGAGCAGUGCGAGUUCGUGUGCGUGAUGUUCGCGUCCAUCCCCAACUUCUCCGAGUUCUACGUGGAGCUGGAAGGCAACAACGAGGGCGUGGAGUGCCUGCGCGUGCUCAACGAGAUCAUCGCCGACUUCGACGAGCUGCUGGAGGACGAGCGCUUCCGCUACGUUGAGAAGAUCAAGUCCACCGGCGCCACCUACAUGGCCGCCUCAGGUCUGACGCGGAGUACGUGCGACAUGAAGAACUACCGGCACGUGUCGGCGAUGGCGGACUACGCGCUGCGCAUCCGGGAGCAGCUCAACGAAGUCAACGAGCACUCCUUCAACAACUUCAAGAUCCGCAUCGGAAUCAAUAUCGGCCCAGUUGUCGCAGGAGUCAUUGGUGCUCGCAAGCCUCAAUACGAUAUCUGGGGCAAUGCAGUGAAUGUUGCGAGUCGAAUGGACUCUACUGGUAUCUUGGACCACAUUCAGGUUACACAAGAAAUGUACCAGAUCCUCCAUGCUAAGGGAUAUCCACUAACAUGUCGGGGAAGCAUCAAGGUGAAAGGGAAAGGAGAAAUGGUGACUUAUUUCCUAAAUGGAUAUUCAACAAGACCACAGAACACACCCACAUCAGUAAGCGGUGAUAGCAGUAUUGGAGGAGCCACUCCUGCAACACCCACCACACCAGUUCCUGCACCAACCAGCUAGGACAUGUCACAUAUGGGGUCAGCAGGUACCCCAAACUAUACGCACAAGGAAGUGGCAAGACCACCUCUCUGCUACCCAAAUGCCUCAGCUUUGAGGCAAGUUGGUGUUAGCCCGAAGUGGAAGACUGAAUAUAAUGCUCAUUAUGAGUAUUUGGAGAGAACCGGAUAUGUUCAAUCACAAUUGUUUGGAAAUAUUCAUGGUAGGAAGCUUCCACAAGGGAUGGAAGCAUUGAGAAGAAGGGGGACCAGUAAAAUGAACAAGGAGUUUUGAAACUGUAUUCAACAUUCUCAAACAGAUAAAAAAGGACUCCAUACUCAAAGCUCAAUCAUCCAAUUUCACCAAGUGAAAGUCCAAUCCUUUGGUGGAAUUCACAACACAAACUUUCCAUUUAUCAAUAUUAAAAACUCAUUUCCUUGUGAGAAAACAAUUUAUGUGAAAUUCACAAAUACACAUAAGAAAAGCAGAGGCCAGCAAUUGCCGAAAUUAGGUUACAAAUAAAGGCAAUAUUUUCAUAAUUGUUGAAGAUGUUGUAUAUUCACUUUAUGGUCAAUGCUAAAUUCAAUUUCUUAAUUGCCCGAAGCACCCAAAAAUCAGACAAUUAGAAGAAAUGUUAUUGACAAACUCACAAUACUAUUAUUUAUAUAGUUCACUCCUUAGAAAUCAAAGAGGAUUAAUAAUAAAAGAACUAUGGAUGAAGCAUUCAUGUUCAACAGAAUAGCAUCGUAAAAAAUUAAAUCUCAAAAACGUCCUCAAUAAAGACAUUCCACAAAGAAGACAGAAUUGAAUAUUAUUGAUGUACCUACAGUAAAAAUGUUUAACUAAGCAUAAAGAAACUUUUAAACGAACAGAUUUACAAUACAGAAAUACAGACUUGUGUACAUUUACUUACAACACAUCAAUAAAACUUGUAGAAAGAGAGUAAAAACAAGAAUAUAUAAUUUUCUAGCUCUUUUCACAUGGUUCUUCUUCUUUGCAUUUACUAGGGCAAAAAUUAAAAGAACAGUCCAAAAAAUAUUGUUUUGAAUGGAACAAUGUAAUUUAUUACAUACCUAUAAAUACAAUAUGUAUUUUCAAACAAGUAGUAGUUCAUUUAUCACAUAUUGACUUAAAAUAACAUUUCUGGCAAAAACCCUUUUAAACUUUGAUACCAAUUUAGUAGAGCACAGCUCAAAACUAGUACUGAAGCAUUGGUCUCAACAACAUAACAAUGGAUUUGUCAUGAUUCAUCAAUGUAAAUGACUUCACUCGUUAAAUUCACAAGGCAGAGUAUGUACUGUGUAUCAAAUCUGCCAAACCAUGAAAGCGCUGGCUACACAGGGUACUCAAAAAAGAUUUAAAUUUCAAGACCAUUUAAAAAUGUUUGCUGUGGGAUCUUGGAUUUCUUGUAACUUGCAUCUACCCAACAGUCAAUUGUAAAUCGGCCUAACAUCCCUCUGUCAUCUUUCACGAUCUUAUUUCCAGACUGUAGAAAAGAGAUUGUAACAAAGAUUGAUUGAUUUUCUAUCAUAAAAUGGCAGAUCUAAAUUCUUUCUGUUUAUUGUUGAGGAUAAACUUUUAAGAUAAAUUUCUAUAACUGCAUGAGAAAAUUUGGUAACAAAUAUUUCCCUCUGAUCAGAAUUUAAAUAGUUCA